AUGAGCAGUUCCCCGACCUCCCCAUCAGCCGACUCAUUCGAAGAGCACAAUAAUGAUGAAGUGGUCGUCGAGGGUGCUAGCACCCAAGGGCUUAUUCGGAUGGCUAUGAACGCGUUUAAAGAGUCUUCAAGCACUCUCUACCAAGAACUUGACCCUACCUCAUUCUCUCGGGACUCGGACAGACUACCAUACAGAUGGGAGAUCACCUCCGGGGGCUUAGUCAUCCCGUCUUGGACAAUAAUCACAGAAGAAGGCGGCGCUCGAAUGACGCGCAACCCACGUGAGGAUGAACUAACAACUAAGUACGCUAUCAAAAUACUUGGAGAUAGCAUUCGUCCUGCGUUUGGGGCUUUGUCGCCAGAGAUGGCAGCAAACUGGGGGAAUAUCAUGUCUGAGGUGUUGAACGAGUUGGCGGAUACAUAUGCGAAUCUGAGCCUUGAGAAAUCAUCAGGCAAAGAAGUGGACGAGGUCGAUGCGGCUGGGGCACCCGCAGACGUGAAUGUCACGUCAAGACAGCGUUUACCAGGCAGUGCGGAGAAAGAUCCUUGGGAAAAGAUGCGCGAGCAGUUCACGCAGGCCAUGGAUCGCUUCCAGGAUAGAACUGGGCAAUUACUUUUUGGCCAGCCUGGGCUGACGGUGCCAAGUAGGGGGUUACUGUCACUAGCCAACAGUAGUACUGGCGGACCAAAGCUUCCACUGAAUGUUCCAACGGCUUGA